AUGGAUAAUUUAAUAUUUAUAAAUGACGUCGCGGUUAGCCCGACACUGAAGAAUAGGUUUCCCGCAAAUUCGCGGGGAGGUCAGGUCUCCUUCUCGGUGCUACACCAUCAGUUUCUUCCUUUAAAAGAGUACUUGUCCUGCCUCGUUUGGGUUGCAAUUGCGAAGGAAGAAAACAUGAGAAUCGCAACAGAGAGAGCAAUCCGCCUUCUCCUGCUGUUCUGUACCAUUGCUGCUGCGGCAGCGUGGGCGGCGGCAGCGAGUGUUAAUACGACGUUACCAGGCCCAGGUUGCUCGCAGUCGUGCGGCCAACUUGCUCUCUCCUUUCCCUUCGGCAUCGAGCCCGGUUGCUACAGAAACGGCUUCGCCAUCUCCUGCGACCGCUCCGAUCCAUCCUCCCCAAAAGCUUUCCUUGGCUCCGCCGAUUCCACGAUCCAAGUAACCCACAUCUCAGCGGAGCAGAGCCAAGCUCGAGUCCUCGUCCCGAUAACGUGGGAGUGCUACAAUCGAUCGGACUACGUCGUCGGCUCCCAGUAUCCAUACAUUGAUUUCAACAUCGACGGAGCUGGAGUCUUCCGAAUGGCCACCGGUCGAAACAAGCUCACUGUCAUCGGAUGCAACUCCGAAGGACAUAUCCAAAGCCAGGCCGAUGUGAACGGAUCCUAUUCCUAUCGAUACUACACCGGCUGUGUUACGUACUGCAGGGACGCCGGCAGCGUCGUCGACGGCGUCUGCGCAGGCAUAGGGUGUUGCCAGAUCAGCUUCCCGUCCAACCUCAGCGACAGCAGCUUCCGGUUCAGCGGUUACAGUCAUAGCGGGGACAUGGCGGACUUCAGCCCCUGCAGCUACGUCUUCAUCGUCGAUAAGGACUACUUCAACUUCACCUCGGCGGAUUUGAAAAUGAACACCACCAACGCGUCGAUGCCGAUGUGGUUGGAUUGGGCCUUUCGGGACGCCGCGACGUGCGAGGAGGCGAAGAACUCCUCCUCCAAUUAUGCGAACAAUACGUGUCGAAGCCAGAACAGCAUGUGCGUCGACUCCGACAACGGUGCGGGGUACCUCUGCAAUUGCUCGCGGGGCUACCAGGGCAACCCUUACCUCGAUGAUGGAUGCUUAGAUAUCGAUGAGUGUUUGUCUCCGGAGAAUUAUCCGUGCCAUGGUGUGUGCACUAAUCUUGAAGGGAGCUAUCGUUGUGAAUGCCCUUCCGGUAAGCAUGGCGAUCCAUUUAUUGCACCGUGCACCUCCAGAAUUCCCAUGAUAGGGUGGUUGUUCUUAGGCAUCGCCUCCUGCUUAUUCAUCGCGAUCUGUUUCAUUCUGAUAUGUUUAUUUGGGCAAAAGAGGCGAUAUGAAAGCAUGAUUAGUAAAGAAAAUCAGCGACUUCGCGAGGAGAAGAGGAAGUUGAUAUGUUACAAAGAUAUAGUAUCAAAAUACGUGAGUACGAUGAUACUUUUUUCUCUGCAAGAUCUGCAGAAGGCAACCAACUACUUCAACGGCCCUAUACUUGGGGAGGGAGCCUACGGCGUGGUAUUUAAAGGAAGAUUGGAGGAAGGCCCCAGAGACGUGGCCAUAAAGAAGACUCGGAUAGCCACCGAGAGGCAGAGCGACAAGGACAAGAAAGGUUUCUGGAACGAAAUUAACCUUCUUUCGCAUAUUAAGCACAAGAAUGUGGUUGUGCUCUAUGGCUGUUGCUUCGAGACGCCUACUCCUUUGCUGGUCUACGAGUUUGUUCCUAAUGGGUCUCUCUUCGACUUGCUCCAUAAGAAAAAAGGGAUCAUCUCUUUGAAGCGUCGCCUGAAAAUAGCAGAGGAAUCAGCCGAAGCAUUAGCUUAUUUGCAUUCAUUCAAACCACACCCAAUCGUUCAUGGGGACGUGAAGCCGCACAACAUACUGUUGGACCAUGAUUGGGCCGCCAAAGUAGCUGAUUUUGGCAUAUCAAAGCUGUUGUCCGAGAAUCAAACGGAAGCUCUGACGCAUGCGGAAGGAACUCCUGGCUACGCGGACCCUGUUCUCGUAAAAGAAGGGCUUCUCUCCACCAAAAACGAUGUGUACAGCUUUGGGAUUGUUCUCUUAGAACUAGUUACGAGGAAGCAGCCCGCAGACGGACUAGCAUCGAUGGGCAAGGAAGAAGCCGCAGCUGCCUUGGAUAAACAAAUUUUGAAUGAAGAGAACAUCGGUUUGCUUCAAGCUGUUGUUGACCUUGCAGCUCGAUGCCUGAGUCCUGAAAAAGAAGAUAGGCCGACGAUGGAGCAAGUUGCAAUAGAGCUGAAAGGAUAUAAAGAAACAUUAUCAUAUCCAAAGGAACAAAGAGAACAGGAUGAGUUUGUUGAUCAAAGCAGCAGCUUGCUAAAUGGCCGUCGAACUUUUCGUCAAUGAUCCUCCAGAUAGCCCUCCAAGCAAAUGGCCGAAACUAAGAUCGUUGAAGAUAACUUAACCAGCCAUUUGGUUGGCCAUGAAUUAGUCUAUUGCUGCAAUGAGUCUUUAUUUGUAGUUAUAUAUUCUUUAUGCUGCUCUGAUUAUGCAUGCGUUUGUAUCUUGUAGUUUUGAGAUAAGAUGUCGAAUUUCCUAAUAAAGUUCAAAUUUUCUGUUCAAAA